GAGUCGCGAGAUUAAACGACACGACUGAGCCGAAAGGGGCGUAGGGUUUUGUCGUGGUUAGGGAUCUGAAUUUUGAUUUUGAAUCGAAUAAUUCUGAAUCAAUCAAAUCAGUGAUCAGAGCCAUUAACGAUUGCAAUGGUCUGCGAGAAGUGUGAGAAGAAAUUAUCGAAGGUGAUAGUACCAGACAAGUGGAAAGAAGGGGCCAGCAAUACUACCGAGGGUGGUGGCCGCAAGAUCAACGAGAACAAGCUUCUCUCCAAGAAAAACAGAUGGACCCCUUAUGGAAAUACUAAGUGCAUCAUUUGCAAGCAGCAAGUGCACCAGGAUGCUAAGUACUGCCACACCUGUGCUUACUCUAAAGGAGUUUGUGCAAUGUGUGGCAAGCAAGUUCUUGACACCAAGCUUUACAAACAAAGCAAUGUGUAGUUAAUACUGGUACUGCGUGCUGCAUCUUCUUUUAGAUGCAUAAUAGCAUUGCCUUUGUUUCUGAUUGUCCAGUUCAUCGUUUGCUAACAAUGUAACUGAAGUUGUAAAGAACAAAUACAGUGAGGGAGUUUUCUGUUAUCUGUCUUUGGUAAUGUAUUUACAGAAUAUUUAUUCUAGAUCCAAAACAUAUAUACUAAUGGCGUUGAAUUCUGUUCUAUUGACUUCUUA